UCGUGUCCAGGAAAUUGUCUCCACAGUCGUUGUCCAGCUGUAAAGGAUGCCGACGAACAGCUGUCGCCCUAUCUGUUGCGCCGGCAUGAUCUCACCAUACAACAGGGAUGCCUCAUGUGGGGUAUGAGAGUGAUUGUGCCUCCUAAACUGCGCCCCCGGGUUCUGAAAGAGCUCCACUCAGCACAUCCAGGAGUAGUGAGGAUGAAGAACUUGGCACGCAGUUAUGUGUGGUGGCCCGGCAUCGACUCUCAAAUUGAGCUUCACGCCAAAUCCUGCCCCCCGUGUCAGAGCAUACAAAAAGCACCUGGGUUAGCUCCUCUACACCCUUGGAUGUGGCCAUCCAGUCCUUGGGAAAGGAUACAUGUGGACUUUGCGGGUCCAUUCGAAGGACAUAUGUACCUGAUCACUGUGGACGCCCAUUCCAAGUGGCCUGAGGUGCAUAUCCUGGACAGCACCACAGCCAGCAAGACCAUACAAGUGCUCAGGGGACUUUUCAGUCGCCAUGGAAUUCCGCACAUCCUUGUGAGCGACAACGGACCUCAGUUCAGUUCUGAAGAAUUCAGUGCCGAAUUCAAGUCCAAUGGAGUCAAACACACCUGCUCAGCGCCGUACCAUCCUGCUACCAAUGGCUUGGCAGAGCGUUUUGUGCGCACAUUCAAACAGGCCUUAAAAUCAUCUAAGGGCACCGGGAUGGUGCAACAACGCCUUGAUACGUUCCUGCUGGCAUACCGCAACAUCCCCCACACCACAACAACGGAAACGCCAGCCAUGUUGUUCCUUGGACGCAGGCUGCGUUCUCGUUUGGAUUUCCUGAAACCCAAUAUUGCUGGAACACUGAUUCCUAUGAAGCACUCUUUCUAG